UUAUACCUCUAACUUCACUUUUGCUUAUGAGUCGCGAUCCAUGUCCGGUCCUCACCUCUCUAGCGGCCUACUUCAAACCGGAAUGAUGGCGACUGCUAGUAGUGAAGAAGCAGUAGAAGACGACCGACACGAUGAACUGGAGGUCGACCAGGAUUCCACAAAUAUCAUUCGCCGAAGCAAUCAGGAUGCCAGCAAUCGGCUGCGAUUGCAGGCGGCUCGUAGUCGAUCUUCCGCCCGCUCCCAACGCUCAUAUUUGGCCGACGGUUACGGUCCCCAUUUCCCAGACGACAAAGAUGAACAGCACCCCACUGUUGAUCCCGAAAAGGCCUUUGAAGUUCGUUUCAGCGGUGAUGACGAUCCGGAUGACCCCAAGAACAUUCGAGAGGGGAAGAAGUGGAUGGUUGUGAUGAUUUGUGCUGCCAGUAGUUUGUGUGUCACUUGUGCGAGUGACAUGUAUACGAGCACGUAUAGACAGCUCGAGAGCGAGUUCCACGUCAGCAGAUUGGUUGCGACUAUUGGGUUGACGACUUACGUUUGCGGGCUAGGACUAGGCCCAAUGUUUUUGAGCCCCUUGAGCGAGUUUUACGGCAGAAGAAAUGUUUACAUCGGCGCGUACUUGCUAUUCGUCAUUUGGCUCAUACCAUGUGCCCUGGCCAAGAACAUAGCGACUAUGCUGAUUGUGCGGUUCUUUGAUGGCCUUGCGGGCUCGGCAUUUUUAAGUGUAGCAGGCGGCACGGUUGGCGAUAUGUUUCGAAGGGAGAAGCUCUCGGCGCCUAUGAUGGUCUACACAGCAUCGCCUUUUGUCGGACCAGAACUGGGUCCAGUCAUUGGAGGCUUUAUCAAUCAAUUCACCGACUGGCGAUGGACUUUUUACGUUCUCCUGAUCUGGGCCAGUAUUCAGUGGCUAUUAAUCAUUGCGUUUGUGCCAGAGACAUACGCUCCGGUUCUGCUUCGGCGCAAGGCAGUCAAAUUACGAGCUGCAACAGGUGAUGACCGUUUCAAGGCGCACAUCGAAGUGCUCGAUCGCUCGGUGUCCAAGACGGUGCUUUGGUCGUGCAUCCGACCCUUUCAGCUGCUCUUCUUCGAGCAGAUGUGCCUGAACCUCUGCCUCUUGAGUGCAAUCCUGCUGGGGGUACUCUACUUGUGCUUUGGCUCGUUCGCGCUGGUGUUUUCGACGAACCAUGGCUUCAACCAAUACCAAACCGGCCUCUCCUUCUUGGGAAUCCUGGUCGGCAUGCUGAUGGGCGUGAGCUGCGACCCGUUGUGGCGAAAGAACUAUUCCCGACUCGUGCAGAACAACGACGGGGUUUCAGAGCCUGAAUACCGGCUACCCCCGACCAUCCUAGGGGCUAUUCUUACGCCGUUGGCGCUGUUUGGAUUUGGCUGGACGACGUAUUCUCAUGUGCAUUGGAUUGUGCCGAUCAUCUUCUCUGCAGUGUUUGGCCUAGGAAACAUCUUGGCCUUCUCUGGCAUCUUCACUUUCCUCGUGGAAGCAUACCCACUCUAUGCAGCUUCAGCGCUCGCCGCCAACUCGUUCGCCAGGAGUUCAUUUGCGGCAGCGUUUCCACUUUUCGGAGUGCAACUGUACCAUCAAUUGGGAUAUCAGUGGGCCUCGAGUCUGCUUGCAUUCAUUAGUCUGGCUAUGCUUCCGUUUCCCAUCCUAUUCUUCUACAGAGGGAAAAGGAUACGGUCGCAGUCACGGUUUGCGCAGGGCGUCUAGCUCGAUGAGGAGAUUGAAUAUGCUUGUCGAUGAUGGCAUGCUGCCGAAAAUAGUCAUUAUGUAUGGUGGCACAGGCUGCACACUGCACAGUCAAUGCGAGGACCCCAGAAUACCUUACAGUACCUAGUACUACACACAGCUGAGUGCACAUAUUGAUGAUGGCUCCGCCGGGACGCAUGAACCCAGGCCAGCACGACUCUGCAGCUCAUCGGGC